AUGGCUAACCACGACGCCGCCCGGAUCGACAAGGCCAACCAUCUCCUUCUUGACCAGCCACUCCUUCGGUUGCCGUACGAGCUCCUCCGCAAGAACUUCCGCUCGGCCCAUUUUAUCGUCGAAAAGGAGAGCACAUCGGUCAAGAACGCCCUCAAAGAGGCUGCAACCAACGGUCUUAAGAAUGCUGGCUCGGCCACGUCGACCGACGACGUCCUCAAGAGCAUCGACGGCAUGGUCGCCCGCAUGCGCGGCAUGAAACGUAAGCUCGAGGCCUGCGCUGACGAGGAGACCAAAAUAUACCGCCAUGUCGACGCCCGCACCGCCCAUCUCGCCGAGCUUGCUAGCAUGCACUCUCUCGACGACGUUGCCUACGAGACAUGGAGCCGCCGCCGUCUCGACCGUUUGCUAGUCGACUACCUGCUGCGCCAUGGCUACAACGCAAGUGCGGCCGCUCUGGUCGACGACGAUGCCUCUGGUGCUCUGCGUGACCUGGUCGAUAUUGACACCUUUGCCUACAUGUCCCAGAUUCGGCAGCGGCUGCUGCACGACCACAGCGUCACCGAGGCGCUUUCCUGGUGUACCGACAACAAGAAGGAGCUACGCAAGAUGGAGAGCAAGCUCGAAUUCAUGCUGCGCUACCAACAGUUUAUUGAAAUGGUGCGCAACCCGGACCUGGGCCGCCUGGCCGACGCCGUCACCCACGCCCGCCGCUACAUGACGCCGUUCCACAACAUUUACCCGGAAGAGUGCCAACAGGCAGCUGUUCUGAUGUGCUACCCGGCUGGCGAGGCGCCUGAGGAGUAUUCAGAGCUCUGGAACGACGAGCGCUGGGCGAUGUUGGCAGAUCUCUUCACUAGCACGCACAACCAGCUCCUGUCACUGCCAUCCGUGCCACUGCUGCACCUGGCGCUCUCGUCAGGCCUCUCGGCGCUUAAGACGCCGGCGUGUCACCCGGCCCCUGCGCCCGAGCCGGCGCCCAUUCCAACCAUCACCGGCAUAGCAGUCGGUUCUCACAAUAACGGGAUCGGUCAGCUGAAUGGCAACGGCCAUGUCAGCGACACGGCCACCGGCCAGACAGCGUCAAAUGCGGCGGCUGAGGACCACAGCAACUCCAACGGCAACGCCAACAGCAGCAACAGUAAGCCAAAGCGGUCACCGUUUGCUCGGGGCAUCCGAGACGGCCAGCAAAUGGGCACGUCUAUUUGUCCCAUUUGCUCGAUUGAGCUCAACGAGCUGGCACGCCACGUGCCGUAUGCUCACCAUAGCAAGAGCCACGUUGAGCACGACCUGAAGCUUCUGCCAAACGGCCACGCCUAUGGCAUGGAACGGCUGCUUGAGUAUGCCAGAAAAACGGGACUACCAUCCGACCGGAUACGGGACCUCCGCACAAACGAGAUUUUCCAUAUCAACGAUGCCAAGAAGGUUUUUAUCACAUAG